AUGGCUUCUGAAUCAAGUCAAAAUCAACAACACAACAAAGGAGAAUAUCAAUCAUCCGAAGGCACCCAUCAUGUUCCACCUUCAGCAAGCCAUGAUCUUUAUCCAGGGGCAGGAUGUCCUCCAGCAAUGGGUUAUCCUCCUUCAAUGGACUAUCCACCACCACCACCAGGGCAAUAUCCAGGUUAUCCACCGCCAGGGCAAUAUCCAGGUUAUCCACCGCCAGGUUAUUAUCCCUACGCACAAGCACCACCUGCAGCAGCCUAUUAUCACGCAACAGUACAUCAACAACAAGGAUAUGAAAGGUCAUCAGGUUUCUCACGAUGCUUCCUUACAACGAUAAUAUUCUUAACGUUGUUAAUAUUUACGUCAAGCAUCAUUAUGUGGCUUGUAUUGCGCCCUCAACUUCCUGUUUUUCACGUUGACAACUUCUCGGUAUCGAAUCUUAAUGCUACCUUGCCUACCUUCACGGCUAACUGGGAAGCGAAUUUAACAGUUCGAAAUCCGAAUACCAAGUUGAAAAUAGAAUUUAGUGAAUUACAAAACUUUGUGUUUUACGAAGAAGAUUAUCUUCUUGCUUCAGCUAUAACUUCCCGGCCUUUCUCCCUGGAAACAAAGACGAGCGAUGUAAUAAAUGCCAAGCUAUCAGAGAAUAACAAGGAUAACCCGGUGGAGAACUGGGUGGUGGAUAAAUUGGCCAAGGAAAGGAGAAAUGGAUCCGUGAGUUUUAAUUUCAGGAUGCUGGUUUGGACUACGUUUAGAUCAGGUUUAUGGUGGAAAAGGCAUUUAAGCAUGAAAGUUAUGUGUGAGGAUCUUCAGGUGACUUUUGUGGGUGCUUCAGGUAAUGGGAAUAUUGCAGCCGAUGGACAUAGGGACUGCUCAGCUUUUGUCUAG